CAGGCUGUGGGCGGAAAGGAGGAGCCGGAGAAAGUGGCGUCUGGACACAGAGAGGCCCCGGACCCCGCAGAGGCCCCCUGUUCUGCUGGCUCCGCCCCCGCUACCCCCACCCACACUGGGUGUAGAAAUACUGCUGCAGUCCCGGCCACCACCCACUGCACUGCGACCCUGUAGGGACUUCGCCUCUGAGUCUCAGCACCUGCCUGGCUGUGGUCUGCGCCAAUGGCUAAAGGUCCCUUUGUGCGCAAGUCGUGGGAUCCAGAGCAGAUGUAUUUCGCCUCUGACCCUGAGUCCGAGGGCCUGUUCGAUAAACCGCCCCCGGAGGAAAGCCACACGGCCCGUGCACCCAAGUCGGCGUACUGGGCUGGCAGGAAAUCUGGUCGGCGCGCUGGCGGGAGAGCUUCAGGGAACCGCGCUGGGCAAUCCCGAAAGGCCGCCGCGCGCCCGGAGCCCGAGCCCAAGCCCAAGGAAGAGGAUCCUUUGGUGGAGGAGCCUCUGGAGGACGAGGGCUGCUAUCUCGACCACUUCCCGCACCUCUCCAUCUUCAUCUACGCGGCCAUCGCCUUCUCCAUUACUUCCUGCAUUUUCACCUAUAUCCAUUUGCAGCUUGCCUAAGCGGCCAGGGUCGGACGGAAAGGGCGCAGAUUCGGGGUGGGGGUGGGGAAGGUUGGGGUAGGGGAAAGAGAAACGCAGCCUUUUGUUCUGGAGAUGCGCUGAGCCCCUUUCAUUUAGCAUUUGCUGUUUUUCUUUGUUGUUGCUUUGUCUAACUGUCCAAAGUCGCUGCCGGCAAUGAAUUAGCGGUGCUGCUUGCGCCCACGCAUGGAGUGCAAUUAGUCUCUUACCCUUUAGGACCCUAGAUUGAAUUGAACCCCAUUUGUAAUUAAGAUGAUGUCUCUGUAGCCUACCACUUUGUAAUGUGAGGGCCCAGUGUUUCUGUGUUUGUAGAGCGCAGAAUGAGUCCAGCCUUCUGUGCUUAAAGGAUGAACCAGACCGGAGCCCGCGGUCUCCCAGAGUACCGAGAGGAGAGUGGGUGCCCUGGCUGUAGUGCUGGAGCCAUGUUGUUGCGUAGCUCAAAAUGAGCCAGCUGCGUCUACGAGCUGUUUCAGUCACAACUCUGCGCGCCUGGCGGACCUGGGAGAUCAGCGGGUAUGGCUGGAAGCUGGAGGUUUUGCGGCUACCAGGAGGACCCAAGGCCUGUAGUAAGCCGAGCUGAACGUCAGAAAGCCACCGCUCAAGGCAGGUGUUUGAACUGUGUGGAAUAGGAGACCACAAACCUUCAGGGACGGAGGACUAGAAUCGUGGAUUCCGUUGCCAUGAGACCGAGGGCCUUUCUUUGUUGGGGUCCAUGGGAGGACUAUGCUAGAGAAUUCUCAGGCGACUGAAUCUAAGGCACCAAGAUGAAGGGGCUGGGCUUGGGACUGUCGAGAACAUGAGUUCCUGCUGCACCUGUUUUCUCAGAACCCCCCUUUGCAGGUUAUUUGCCUAUCUUCGUUUACUCGCGAAUGCCAGCUGUCCAAAUGCAGCACUCCUGCACUGCUAUGCUCUAUGGAAAUGUCUAUGUGCUAUGUCUGAUGGAAUAAAAACCAUUCUCAGUC